AUGGAGAAAGCCUGUGCAUGGCUUGCUGGCGGUGACUACGAGGACUUUGUUAGGUCUCUCUCCUUUAUGGACCCCCGCCUGCGGCAGCGAGACCCCAAGGCCCAGACCCAGCGUAUCCCGUUUACAGACGACGGCGCCAGGGUUGUCAAGCUCAGCCUCGAGAACGGCACGUUCGCCAGGACGGCAGAGUUUGACGAGCCCGCCGGUCUAGAAGCGCACUUCCGCAGUACGGCGUCGCUGCGCGGCCGGCGGGAUAUCUACGUCGUGGAGGGACUCGGUCCAGGCUUCGCCGGCGUGCUCGGCGAGCGCUUCUCGCUCCACCCGUCAUUCUUUGUGGAGCACGAGCGCGUCGUCGUGCAUAGCCUCAACUGGAUGGGCGAGAGCGAUGGCGUACAGCUGCCGUCUGUCAUCCAGAGCCGGGGCCACCUGGAGAUGAAGUACUAUGAGGUCGUGGCGUUUGACAGGAAGCCGACAAGCUUCCGCUGGGUGUGUGCUGCUACCGGCAGACACAUCGGGGUAUCUCGUGACUUCAAAUGGGACAACUCGCCUGAUGAGGUGGGGAAUUAUUUGAAUGUGGGUGUUGUCAGGAGGAAGUGCGGUGUGUGGUCGAGAAGGACUGAAGGAGGUGGUUGGGACUGUCUCGUGCUCUGUGACCCUCCAGUGAAAAGCGUCCGGACGGGGGACGAAUACAAAAGGGAGUAUCCUGUCAAGGCCUGCCCUUACCAAGGCGGCUAUCUCGACUUCGUCCCCGAAGAGGAGCAGAUCCGUGUUGCCAGAGAAGGCCGCUACUGCGGGCCUCCGCGGAUCUCGAUGCUCGAGGAUCUCUCCUUCUACCUCGAAACCCACUCCCGGCUGGUGGACAUUGCGGAGCCCGAGUCGGUCAACGUCUUUGUCAAGAAGAUUGUUGCCUCGCACUUCCUCAAGCAGAGCGAACACCUGCGUGCAACCCUCUCGGCGGUGCAGCGCGGCCUCACGCGCAAGCAGGACCUCGCCAAGAUGCCGAUGAACAAGGUCGAGGCCCUCUGGAGCGACAUGCAGGGCUGGGAGCGGCGGACGGGGGAGUACCUCGAGGACCUCGAGGGCAUUAUGCUCCAACUCGGCAUCCCGCUCUCGCACCCGGUGCCGCCGGCACUGGUUAACAUGCCGCCAGCGCGGCCCGGCGCGCUCACGGCCGAGACCAUUGCGUGGCAGGACUGCACGGCCGACUUCCAGUUUCUCUACCUCCGGUUCCGGGAGCUGCGGCACCGCACGGAGACGCUCAACGCGGCGGUGACGGGACUGGCGAGCAUCACGGGGAACAGGCAGGGGUACAAGGAGCAGCAGCGGAGCAUCCGCGAGGCCAAAAGCACCAAGGCGGUGACGCUUCUGGGGCUGGUGUUCGUCCCGCUGGCGUACACGUGCUCGUUGUUUGGGAUGGAGGUUCCGUACGGCCCGGGAGGCGAGUAUUUCUGGAUCUACUUCGUCACGUCGGCGCCGCUGAUCCUGGUGGUAUUGCUGGGGUACUACAUCCUGGAUUUUGGUUACAAUGAUGAUGGCAGAGCUUGGUCUGUGGUUACAUUUAACAAGUCUAUCAAUGAAAGGCUAUACAGAUUGAAGCGUCAGGAUACCGAAGAAAUUAUCCGGGAUACGAGUAGAAUAGAGAUGUCAAAGUUAGAAGCGUGCCAGUAG